GACUUCCAUUGUUGAAUACAAACUUACAAAGCAUCAGUGGCUCGACGAGCCGUCAAGUCUCUCAACUCUCACCAUCACGGCCACCCCAUGAGCAGCCGAGCCAGAAACUUCCGCCGCCGAGCCGACGACGAAGACGACGAUGACAACGACGGCGGCGUCAAUGGCACCGCCGCCGCAGCCACCAAACCCAAACCCCCAUCAAAGUCCAUCUCCGCCACCGCCAAGAAACCAACCCAUCAAGCCCCGAAAAAGCUCCUGAGUUUCGCCGACGACGAAGAAACCGACUCACCAGUCUCUCGUCCUUCCUCCAAAUCCUCAUCUUCCUCUUCUCGCUUCAACAAACCCUCCUCUUCUUCUUCGUCUCACAAGAUCACCACUUCCAAGGACCGCCUCACACCUUCCUCUUCCUCUCUCCUCUCCAAUGUCCAGCCUCAAGCUGGUACUUAUACCAAAGAAGCCCUCCUUGAGCUCCAGAAGAACACCAAAACCCUAGCGAGCUCUCGCCCCAAUCCCUCCUCCGAACCCGUCAUUGUCUUGAAAGGCCUCGUCAAGCCUUCAAUCAACGCUGACCCAAAGGCCCCAAUUGGCGGAAUUCUAAAAGAAAUUGAUGAAUUGGAUGAUGAUGAAGAAGGAAUUGAGAAAAGGGGUAAUUUUGGGAGGGAGAGAGAUGAUGCGACGGCGCGAUUGGGUUCGAUUGGGUUAGGGAAAGGUAGGGAUUCAUCUGGGUCGUUGAUUCCCGAUCAAGCGACUAUAAAUGCGAUUAGGGCGAAGAGGGAGCGGCUCAGGCAGUCGAAGGCUGCGGCACCGGAUUUUAUUGCCUUGGAUGGAGGGAGUAAUCAUGGGGAGGCGGAGGGAUUGAGCGAUGAGGAGCCGGAGUUUCAAAGCAGAAUUGGGUUUUUUGGGGAGAAAGUGGAUGGUGGGAAGAAAGGUGUGUUUGAGGAUGUUGAUGAGAAGGCAACAACAACACCACAUGGUGGGUUUAGGAAGGAUAAUGAAGUUGAUGGUGGUGAUGAUGAAGAUGAGGAGGACAAGAUUUGGGAGGAAGAACAAUUUAGGAAAGGGUUAGGGAAGAGAGUGGAUGAUUCAUCUAGUAGAGUAGUAGUGAAUAAUAGUGUGCCUGUAGUUCAGAGUGUUCCGCAACAAAAUUAUACAUACCCUCCUGCGCCAGCUUCAUUUUCUUCAGUCCCUAGUGUGGCUCCAAGCAUUGGAGGAGCAGUCGGAGGAUUUCCCGGUUUGGAUGUGAUGCCAAUAUCACAGCAGGCUGAGAUUACUAAGAAAGCCUUGCACGAUAACCUGAGGAGGCUUAAGGAAUCUCAUGGUAGAACCAUGGCAUCAUUGACUAAGACUGAUGAAAAUUUGUCUUCCUCACUGUUGAAUAUCACUUCUCUUGAGAAAUCUCUAUCUGCUGCUGGUGAGAAGUUCAUCUUUAUGCAAAAGCUUCGUGACUUUGUUUCUGUUAUAUGUGACUUUUUGCAGCAUAAAGCUCAUUUAAUAGAGGAACUUGAAGAGCAGAUGCAGAAACUUAACGAAGAACGCGCAGCAGCAAUCUCAGAAAGAAGAGCUGCUGAUAAUGAAGAUGAAAUGAUUGAAAUAGAAGCAGCUGUAAAUGCAGCAAUGUCAAUAUUCGGUAAAGGUGGCGGCAGUGCCACAAUGAUUGAAAGGGCCACAAGUGCAGCUCAGGUCGCAUCUGCCACCACAAAAGAACAAAGAAAUCUUCCUGUGAAGCUAGAUGAAUUUGGUAGAGAUAUAAACCUACAGAAACGAAUGGAUAUGACACGAAGGGCUGAUGGACGACGAAGAAGGAAAGCUCGAUCAGAUGAUAAGAGACGAUCAUCCAUGGAAAGUGAUGUUCCCUUUCAGCGAAUAGAAGGAGAAUCAAGCACUGAUGAGAGCGAUAGUGAGACUGCUGCGUACCAGUCAAACCGUGAUUUGUUGCUUCAGACUGCUGAACAGGUUUUCAGUGAUGCAGCUGAGGAAUAUUCUCAACUUUCAGUGGUUAUGGAAAAGUUUGAAAGAUGGAAGAAGGAUUAUCCAUUAAGCUACCGCGAUGCUUAUAUGUCACUUAGUGUUCCUGCUAUCUUCUCUCCAUAUGUAAGAUUGGAACUUCUAAAGUGGGACCCACUUCAUGAAGAUAUAGAUUUUAUUAACAUGAACUGGCAUUUGCUGCUUUACAACUAUGGUAUUGAGGAUGAAAAUGACAUCAGCCCUGAUGAUGCUGAUGCUAACCUUGUUCCUCAACUGGUGGAAAAAGUUGCCGUUCCUAUUUUGCAUCAUGAGAUAGCUCACUGUUGGGAUAUGCUGAGUACUCAUGAGACAAAGAAUGCCGUCUCGGCCACAGAUUUGGUUGUCAGAUAUGUUCCUGCUUCCAGCGAGGCUCUCGUUGAAUUAGUAGCUGUUCUUCAUGACCGCCUAGCUGAUGCUAUUGCUAAACUCAUGGUAUGUUUACAAACCUAUAUCCACAUUUUGAGCUUGCUUUGGUAAAUUGUACUUGCUCCA